CACUCAACCACAGAUGGUUGAGCAAGGCUGCAAGAGAGUGAGGGAGCAAAGCGGGUGCAAAGAGACAGAAGAGAAAGAGGGGAAGGAGAAGAGAGGAAGGGAGAGUGUAAGAAAGAGAGAGAGGCUGAGUGGGAGGCAUCCGUCUCUCUGCUAGUAUUGCCAAAGCAACGGGGAGAAGAGGAGAGAGGAGGCAGCGCCGGGGUCUGUGAGCGUCUUGUUGCUGCGGCCAAUAGAUCUCCUGCUGCUGUUUACUUUGGACUCCAGGAACGGAUGGAUGCUCACACACAUACAUGCCGGACUUGAACUGAAACCGAGCUUUGUUUCUUCGCAGAGACACAGACAGAGACACAGACAGAGACACAGACACAGGAAAGCAGGAUGUGGUAUUGCAUGCAUGCCUUUAUGAGUGUAGGUUUGCGGGUGUGACAGGGACUCUCAGGUGAGCAGGGUUAACUUGAAACCAACCUGUAAACUGACUCCAUGACACCAGCGUGUGCCUGUGUGUGUGUGUGUGUCUAUGGGACUGUUGCAUACUGUGUAUGAGUAUUGUAUGUAGCUAAUGACCAGGUGCAUAUACUAUAUGGUGUGUUUGUGACACCGGCGUCAGAGCACACACACACACGCACGUCAGGAGGAAGUGACACGUCUGAGCUCGAUCUCAGAUUUCCUGGUCCCCUCUCUGGUGGCACGCAAAGCGCCGAAUCUGAGCCGAGUUCACCUGUCUCGCCCUCACAGGCGGGACAUAAACGUCUUCUGGAUGCAUCAGCAGAGGAGCGCUGACUUUUCCUGGAUGAGUAAAGGACAGUUAGAAGCGUGGGGACUCUGAUCGUGGCUGAGUGUCACAUCUGCAUUUUUUUCAAGAUAAACCAGCACUUCCUCAAGCUGUCAACGUGCUGCUUUGGUGCUGUGCCGGGGGCCAACUCUGGACCUCUCCAUGACUGUCAAUACGGUGCUGACCCCUUCCAUGACCAGCAGUAACAGCAUGAGCAGUGGGUACUGCAGCCUGGAUGAGGAAGACUUCACUUUCUUCACAGCCAAGACCUCAUUCUUCCGCAAGCCCAAGCAUGCAGCUAAGCAGAAAGAAACAAAGGAGGAAGAGGAGAAAGGAACAAAGGACCUGUCGGAAGAAGAGGUGCGGACAAGGAUAGAAGAGUACAACGCUCAAGUCUCUGAAAAUGGCAUGAAACUGGCUUCAGAUGGAUCCUACACAGGUUUCAUUAAGGUCCACCUGAGGCUCAGUCGACCAGUCACAGUCCCCGCUGUGGAGGCGGCAGGCUCAGAAGGAGCGUCCAAGCAGGCAGGCGGCCACACUGAAGGGACGGACUGUGCGCAGAGCGAAAAGAGAACAUCCUUCUACCUACCAUGUGACUGUGUGAAGCAGAUCCACAUCAGCUCUCUGACCACCACCAGAGAGGUCAUCCAGGGCUUGCUGAAGAAGUUCAUGGUGUUGGACAAUCCCCGCAAAUUUGCAUUGUACAGGCAGACGCACCGCGACGGACAGGAUCUGUUCCAGAAGCUUCCUCUAUGUGAGCGUCCACUUCUCCUGAGGUUGAUAGCAGGGCCUGACGCAGAGCAGCUCAGCUUUGUCCUCAAGGAAAAUGAGACUGGAGAGGUGGAGUGGCAUGCAUUCUCUGUCCCUGAGCUACAAAACUUCCUGGUAAUCCUGGAGAAAGAGGAGGCGGAGCGUGUGCGGGCAGUGGAACAAAAAUACACCAUGUACCGAAAGAAACUACAACAGGCCCUCCAACAACAUGACCCCUGACCCGUUCACCUGUUACCUUAUAACCUCAACCCAGGGAGAGACUGACCCUUUGAACGUUGACCCCCUCCCCCUCAACACCCGUGAUCUAUUCAGAGACUGGAGCCGGAGCUGAACUUGUCUCCACCCUCCACACAUACACCCAAACAUACAGUACAUUUACACACAGAUGCAUACCCUUUCUCAGGACGCAUACAAGCCCCCCUACCAUCCACACAUCCACUCCCCGAGGAGAGAAUCAGGGGUUGAAAGCGACGUGAAAGGCUACAGGGUGUGUGGUCUGCUAGCUGAUUUGAAAAGCAGUGCUUUCAUUGCCAAGGACACACACAGAAAGAUCACAGCGACGCAAGAUCUGAAAGUCUGACUUAAGAUCUCGUUUGGGACUGAUAUGAAUCAUUAGUGUUUUUAAAAAUUUCCCUCUCCUUCUGCUACUGCUGCUGCUACUGCUACUGCAAGUGUUACUUAUGCAUGAGUCUCUCUCAGCUCAUCCCCCUGCACAUAGAGUUAGAAGUAAAACAGAAGGCAUGAUUACUCUUUGGUGGAAGGACAAUCAUACUGAGUGUUCUUUUUUUCUUGGAAUAUAUGUAUAGGGUUAUCACCAGAUGUGUUAUUUUUGUGCCGGAAUAUAAACAUGUGGAUUUGUGAGGGAGGUGUUUGGAGUCAAGGCUUGAGGCAAAAGGCUGUGGAUGCUGGAACAAGACAUGGAAAGAUAAGAAAGUGAGAUCCAUUCUCUGAUUUUUCUCAGGGAGCAUGCGUCGAGCAAAGAGACAACCUAAAGGAGGAAAGAAACCGAAAUCCACCCUUCAACACCCCGUUUUAGCCCACUUUGUCCAAAAUCUCAGCUUUUUUUAUUUGUUUCUAUUAUUUCAAUUUCCUAGUUUAACAACAUGUUAGAAGACGCUUUCAGGUGUUUCGCUGACAGAAAGGUCUUCAAUCUGACCCAGUUACCACACAAAUCUAACCUCUUUUAUGACAUUAAAGGGCAGCUUUGGUAUUUUUCAGUCUGGACCCUAUUUUCCCAUGUUUUUUAUGUCUAAUGGAGACAAAUUUCAAAAUUGGUCCAGUAUUAAAUGAGAGCGCUGCAGCCCACAGCUGUGAAACAGGCUGCAAUGUAACGUCAAAGGGCAGUUGUGCGCCAUCAAUUAACAUCCAGUAAAAGUGCUUGUUUCUUUCACUGUCAGGCUCAGAUUAUUAGUGUGUUUGAAAACAUUAUGAAAAGGAUCCUUACAAAGAUAGACCUUUUUGUUAAAAAGUAAGAAUCUUUUUGUUUUACUAGAAACAGACCCGAAAUUGCUGUCAGCAAACUCACCAAACUCCAUUUAAAUAAACAGUGAAUAGUGAAUAGAGGCAGCAUAUUUUCACACCUAACUGGGUGAACUGAGGGUUCAUUUCAACCAAAUUAGAGUUGUGGAUUGCUGGAACGGUGAAAGAAGGAACCAAGGCAGCUUUUGUGAGUGUUAUUUUGUGUCUGUCGACUUUGAAUGAAGAGUGUUUUAUAAUGAUAAAAUCACUGUUUAUUUAAAUGGAGUCUGGUGGAUUCGACCGUGGCGAUUUUGGGGCUGUUUCUGGCUAAACAAAAAGGAUCAUACUCUUUCACAAAAAGAUCUAUCUCUGUAGGAAUCCUUUCCAUAAUGUUGUCAGACACUUGAAAAAACUAUCUGAGCCUGUCAGUGGCAAAAAAGCACUUUAAGUGGAUGAUAAUUGAUGGCGCACGAUUGCCCUUUAACAUUACAUUGCAGCCUGUGUCGCAGCGCUUUCGCUCAAUACCGAACCAGUUUCAGGAACUGUGUCUCCAUUCGUCACUUAGACACAAAAUCACAGGAAAAUAGGAUCCAGGUUGAAAAAUACCAAAGUUACCCUUUAACUGUUAUUCCAUUUUCCCUCCCUAAAUCCAGAUUCAACCAACCUUGCACGAACUGCCAAGCAAGGCAAAACACAUACCUUCACAGAUUUUACACUUUAUUGUAAAAGUGAUUUUACACUGUUAUUAUAUGGGUUGCAUUUGAAUGUGAUGGGAUUUUCACACCAAAGCUCAGAGGGACAGAUCUAUUGAGAGGAUUUUAAAGGGAUGAGAGACAUUUGGAAGUUUAUCUAAUUAUAAAGGUGGUGUAUGUAAAAAAGAAAUUAAUUAACCAGCUUCUGUUUUUGCACAUGUAGAUGCAGUUACUGAAGGGCCCACAGCUCUGGGGCUGGGCAUGCAUUUCUGCUUCUCUUUUCUUUUUACCUCCCCACCUUCCACCCCAAAAAAAGAAACGAAAAAUAUAUAAAGUUCAUGAUAAUGGCUAUGAUGUACCAAUGACGUGUUUGCAAUGCAUAUGUAUUAUGUAGACACUGGAAAAGAGUGACAAGGUUUAACUUUGUUGUUAUUGCGAUGAAUAUUAAUAUUCUUUUGGUAUCAUUCCUACUGGUUGGUGUGUGUGUGUGUGUGUGUGUGUGUGGGUGUAUGUGUGUGCGCUCAUAUAGAGCAGGGAGGAUAUUGUGAAUUGUGUUUUAUAAUGAGUGUCUGUGUGUGAUCAGCGCUCCCUUAUUGGGCCUCACUUAUCAAGUAUAAAAACAUGCAUUGAGUGUAAUAUAACACAUUACAACUGCAAAUUAGGUUGUUUUGGAAAACAUAUUUGACAUGCAUGUAACAUAAAAUGAAUGCAUCUAUCCAUAGCAUUUACUGUAAACAUUUCUCAUGCGCACACAGGCUUAUUUUUCACCCUUUAGAUACAAUAUAAAUACUGAUAAAUGAGGCUCGUCGUCCAUAAGCACAUGCUUCUCAGUAAACCCAAACCUGUUCUUUGUUUUUACGCCACCACCCAAAGCCCAAGCUGUUCCUGCUGGCAGUGCCUUUUGUUUCAUGUGCCCCUGUGGAUCUACGUAUGUAAGGUGUGUUUCAGCACACAGGUGCCUGCGUGGAUGUGUGGGUGCUUUAGCAUGUGUGCAAAUCUACGUUUCUUGGGUGGUGUUGUACAUGUAUUUUUCUCUUUCUUUCCCCGACUCUCAACACAUUUGUCUCUCCAACAAACUCUCUGUGUGGGUGUGUGUGCGUGCAUGUGUGCGUGCGUGCUUGUUAUUUAUUUCAUGGUCCACCUCAUCCAUAUGAUAAUAUGUCAAGGAUGCCGAGACUUGAUGCUUUUUUUUGCAAUUUAUUUUGUUUAAUUUGAAGAAGUGUGUAUAAAUAUAGCAGUAGAACUGUACAGAAUAUCACAAAGAAAUAAAAAGGUCAUCCCUUUAUUGAGAUGUUCUCAUA